AUGUUUUUGGAGCAAUUUGACAUUGACAACCCAAUCAGGAAAGCUAGCGCUCCAAUGAUGUUGGAAAAUAUGUACCAUCGGAACUCUGGGGCUCUGAGACCAUCAGAGAAUCUGUUCCCUUCCUCAGCAUCAAGUCAAUUCAGCAUAGCGAGACCUCUUCUGCUUUACGGGAAGCCAUGGGGAAAGAUAGUGCAGUUCAACACACUUACGACUUACACCGGCGAGCAAGAAGCACAUGUGUACUUAGCAGAACAUUAUUCAGAUACAAAUCUCAGGAUGGAACGAUCUUUCCAAGACGAUGCCGACGAAUACCACGAAUUCUUCCUCUACAAGCUUGGCUUGGUGCGCCGCAUCGAGGAAGGUAAACCUGUAGAAUACGAAAUGAAAGCAACUUGGCGAUGUCAUGGUACUGCUAGGGAAGGCGAUGUGUUCGUGUCAUUGGAGCCAGAUUUGUGGAAUUUUGUCCUUCGUAAAUGCUCUAAAUCAGGCGAUCUGUUUGAAGUAGUGGCAUGGGGUGGUGAAAUGUUCACCAACCUUGUGGGUUCUAAUAUGCCCGUUCCUGUGCCCGUCAAAGACACAUCUGCGUACUAUUUGGGCGAAGUUGAAGAGGAAAAAAGAACAUGGAUAUCGGGGAGCUGGCGUCCAAAUGAUGCACCAGGACCUAGGCAGCGGUUCGAAAUCCGAUAA